GAGAAGAAAUGGCUCUCUCUCUGUCUCUCCUGAGAGCAAAAUUCUUAAUUUCUUUCUCUUUCUCGAGAAAGCGAGAGAAAGUGAGAGAGAAUUCAAUCACUUUCUCUCCCUUUCUCGUUCUAUCUUUAAUCGUAACGGGAAUUUCCUGAGCGUGUUUCCAUUUUUCCAAAAAGAAUGUCGCAACUGCCUACGACGGAGGAGGAGACAGUCGUCGUCGAAGAGGACGUCCAUGAUCUCAAGUUCUCCAAUGGAGGCUGCUGCUUUUGGAUGCCUUGUCGCUCUGCCGUUAGAUCAAUCUGGUGGGAGCGAAUUUCGACCGACGAUACCAACUCCGCCGCCUCCACGAAUACAAGUCACUACGUGCCGUGGUGGACCCGAGGGUGGAAGAAGGUUCGAGAAUGGUCGGAGCUGGUAGCUGGACCGAAAUGGAAGACGUUUAUACGACGGUUCAACAAGAACAAAACCGGUAACGGAGGAAUGAAAUUCCAUUACGAUCCCUUGAGUUACUCCCUCAAUUUCGACGAAGGACCGGGGCAAAACGGUCAUUUCGAUGAGGAUUUUAUGGACAGAAACUUCUCUUCCAGGUACGCCUCGUUGCCUGUCUCCACGAAAUCCUCCAUGGAUUUUGGCAAAGACGGGCCCUUUCUCAUCUGACUGUACACGUCAUUCGCUUAAGCUAUGGUUUUUCAGUUCACGUGACAGUCACUCGCACCAGAUAGUUGUCGGCGUGGUCGUGGCUUACGUUAAGGUUAAUCUUUUUUUUGUAAAGCAAAAUAUUAAUUGUUUUUUUGUUGAGGAUAAUAAGAGAAUAAUAUUUUUCCUGAUAUUGUUAGAUGAGAGAAGGGAGAAGAGAACUUGUAAAUGUCAAAAGGGUUGUUUUUGUUCUGGGAAAUGUAAAAUAAUCAAAGAAUUAAUACAAAUGUUCCUUUCCCAUUUUUACCUAAGAA